CAACGCCUCUUGUGUUGGUUCGUCGAAGGCAGAAGGAAAACAUGGCAGACACGGAAGAGGACUUUGAGAUGUGGCUAAAGAGGAAAUUGCGCCAAAUUAACACGGACGAGUCCAUCUACGGGCCCUACAUCGUGGGAAUACUCGAUGGGGAUGGUGAGGAGCAGGUGGAGGAGAAAAUUAGCGCCAUUGAGGAGCUCCUUUCGGGAAUAAUCGAUAAGGAUGUCACAGCGACGGCUGAAGAAAUUGUCAACAAGUGGAAAUCGGUUAGUACGGAGCCGGUGCAGGAGAAGAACAGCAGUGAAGAUGUAGACACUCGUCUGGCGCGCCUAUUGGAAUCCAAUGUGGUCACAUCAACGGUCCAGCGACGGCAGACAGCGGAGGAAUCUCAGAUUCGUGACAAAAUACUAGCUCAGUACAGCCAACUGUCGGAUGAGGAGGAUGAGGAACGGGGGGCCACCGCAACGAAUGGCGAUGCCGAAGGCCGGAACGCCAAUGUGGAGGCUGUGCAGCAGAUGAUGAGAGAGCGGCGGGAACAGGCCCGACUGGAAAGUCAGAAGAAGAAAGAGAAGGACAAAGAGGAUCUAAAGCGGCAAAAGCAGCUCCGUGAGGAGAAGAAGGAGAAACGAAAGAGUGUCAAACAAGAACGUCGGCGGUAGCAAUAAACGCAGAUUUUCCUUGAGUU